AUGACCAGCCCAGCGAGGGCUGUCGGUACGACGCAUCCGCCAACUCCGCUGAAACCAAGUUCUGGCCUUGGACUGAAGCUGGCCUGUGGGGGCACGAUGGCCAUGGGCUUGGCCCUGCUGCGGCGCAGCGUCUCCAAGCAGCGGCGUGUUCCUGUGCCGCGAUUCGUCGCGACCCGUGCAUGGCAGCAGCCACUCUCCGGGAAGUUGCCCGAGCCACUUCGUGCCACAGACGGUCGCAAGCCUGGCGCUGCGCCAGAGGACGUCUUCACGCUUGACACAAUCACUCAACGCAUGCCCAAGAUUAUCCAGUCAACCGUUGCAGCGAUGCCGUCGGCACUGAAAACCAGCGACUUUGAGCAGAAUGUCAAGGCGCUGCAGGAUGAGAUGAAGGAAGGAGCUCAGCUACGACUUCUAAGAGGUGACAGCCCACGGGUUGGAGCAGAUAGAUGGAACGAGCAUCUUACGGAAUUCAUUGAUCGUGGAGAAGGCUGGCAUACGGCGCCCUGGUGGGUGGUGGAGAACUACAUGUAUAAACGGCUGCUUGAGGUGCCGGGAAAGCUGCACAGGGCUGUGUCGGAUGGGUGGAACCCUGCAAUGGCGGCUUCCAUGCCGGCAAGCAAGCCAGCUAAGGCCAGCAUAGCAGAUCGGAUCUUCGGGCUGUUUUCCUGCACGAAAAGGGCCCUUCAGCUGGUUUGGCUGACCAGCCGCCCCUUGACCUUCGGCUUGGCCUUCCUGACGCUGGUCAUGGGGGCCUUGCCUGGGCUGCGAGCUGCUACCACCAAAAGGGUCAUCGACGCCGUGGUCUCCGGCAUCUCUUCGGGGAGCCACGCGGAUGCGGUGCUGUGGCUUUCGGUGGAAGCCGCUUUGGUGGUGUCCCUGGCUGCCACUCGGAGAGCCCAGGAAGUCGCCGAGUCUUUCCUGGGCACUCUUUUGGGGCACCGGGUGAAUGUAAUGAUCCUGGAGAAAGCCCUGGAGCUCCAGCUCACGGACUUCGAAGACUCGAAGCUCUACGACAAGCUUACACGGGCUCGCAGGGAGGCCAGUCGCCGUCCGCUAUCCUUGGCACAGCAGUCCUUGAGCCUUAUCCGAAACGGUUUGGCACUGCUUGGGUAUGGUACCCUUCUGCUGAGAUUCUCUCCCCUUGCUGUCGCUGUGCUGCUCCUGACGGCGGUGCCGCCUUUCAUUGCCGGCGUGAAGUUCGCAGGGGACGCCUUUCAGCUGGCCCGGCGGCAGACCUCGGGAUUCCGCGAGCAGAUCUACCUGGAGAGGGUCAUGGCCAUGGAUACGCCGGCCAAGGAGGUGAAGCUCUUUGGCCUGGGUCCCUGGCUCUUGAGGCGCUACUGCCAGAUUUUUGAUGGCUUCUUUCGAGACACCUCCAGCUUGGCCCUGAAGCAGGGGGGUUUUGGCUUCAUCUUGGAGCUGAUCAGCACCGGAGGCUUAUACAUGGCCUUUGCCUGGGUGGCGAUUGCGGCAGUGAGGCAGACGAUCAGCUUGGGAGACAUGACGAUGUACCUGCUUAUCUUCAAGGAAGGCCAGCAGGCCUUUUCGGCCAUCUUACGGUCCAUCGGAGGCAUGUACGCAGACAACCUCUAUCUCUCCAACCUCUACGAGUUCCUGGAUUACAAGGUCCAGAAGAGCGAAGGCACCAAGGAGUCGGGCCCGAAUCCGGGAGAUGGUGUGCGCUUUGAGGACGUCUGGUUUCGAUACCCUGGCGCCACAGACGACACCAUCAAAGGCGUGACGUUUCACAUUCCACCCGGCACCCGCUUUGCCCUAGUUGGGAACAACGGUGCAGGAAAGACGACGCUGAUCAAGCUUCUGACAGGCCUCUACCAGCCAAGCAAAGGCAAGAUCCUGCUCGACGGAUUGGACCUGAACGACUGGGCUCCGGACGCAUUGAAAAAGCGAAUAGGUGCCAUCUUUCAGGACUUCAUACGCUAUGAACUCACCGUUGGAGCAAAUGUAGGUGUGGGAGACAUCGACGCAGUCGACGAGGAGUCCCGUGUCGCCCGGGCAGCUGAACGUGGGAUGGCAGCGCCCUUCAUCGAAGACUGGCCUGAGAAGUACCAGACACAGCUCGGGAACCUCUUCAUGCGCGGUCGUGAGCUCAGUGGUGGGCAGUGGCAGAAAGUGGCCUUGAGUCGAGCACUCAUGCGGGAAAGGGCUGACCUCUUAGUCCUAGAUGAGCCAACUGCGGCGAUGGACGCGGAGGCAGAAGCCGCGAUUUUUGAGCGCUUGGCAUCGCUGUCAGACGAUCAGAGUGCCCUGCUCAUCAGCCAUCGGUUUUCGACUGUUCGCAUGGCCGACACCAUUGCGGUCUUGAACCAUGGUGUGAUCGAGGAGUUUGGCAGUCACGAAGACCUCUUGGCGCUGGGAGGCACCUAUGCGAGACUCUUUAACUUGCAAGCCAAAGGAUACCAAUAG